AGAUCUUCAGCAGGUUCAGCAGCUCCUCUGAGCUUCAGAUCCGCAUCAGGCCUCACGAAGGUCUCAUUUUAGACAUUUUUAUAGUUAAAGAGGAUUAAAAGCAGAAGAAGAAGAAUUUUUAUUUUUGUUUCUGUCGGAGCUGCUGGAUGUUUGUGUUUCUGAUGAUUUGGAUUUAAACUGAAACAUGAAGAUGAUGCUGAAGAUGAUGAUGAUGAUGCUGGGAAUCUGCUGCUCAGGUGUGGUCGGAGCCUCAGAGCUGGCCUUCCUCCAAGAGCCCAGUGACGUCAUCGCGGUGAGGGACCGCCCCCUGAUGCUGGACUGUCAGGUGGAAGGGGAGGGGCCAAUCUCCAUCACGUGGAGACGGAACAGUGUUCCCGUGGCAACUGGCGUCAGGGCGACAGUGCUCGGCAACGGCACGCUGCUCAUCAGAAACUUCUCUAAGAGACGAGAGAGUAACGAGACGGACGCAGGAGAAUACGACUGCGCCGCCCAGAACCGCUACGGCAUGUUGAUCAGCCGCAAGGCCCGAGUCCUGCUCGCGUCCCUCCCUAAGUUCCUGUCUCACCCAGAGUCUGUGGCUGUGGAUGAAGGGGGCGUGGCCAGACUCACCUGUCAGGUAAAUGGAAUCCCAGAAGCCAACAUCACCUGGCAGAGAGACCGACGCCCACUGAGCACCGAGGACCCCAGGUACACGCUGCUUCCUAACGGCGUGCUUCAGAUCACCGCCGUGCGGCGAACAGACAGCGGUUUGUUUCGCUGCGUCGCCUCCAACAUUGCGAACACUCGAUACAGCCACGAGGCCCAGCUGUCUGUCACCGUUGCAGGAUCCAGGAUCUACCGGGAACCCGUCAUCCUGUCCGGUCCUCAGAACCUCACCAUCAAUGUCCACCAGACCGCCAUCUUGGAGUGCAUCGCCACGGGAAACCCCCGCCCCAUCGUGUCCUGGAGUCGCCUCGACGGCCGGUCGAUCGGCGUGGAGGGCAUCCAGGUGUUGGGAACAGGUAACCUGAUGAUCUCUGACGCCACGCUGCAGCACUCAGGAGUUUACGUUUGUUCAGCCAACAGACCAGGAAGCAGAUCCAGAAGAACCGCACUGGGACGCCUCGUAGUACAAGCCCCUCCAGAGUUUGUGCAGUGGCCUCAGUCUGUCUCCAGACCAGCAGGGGGCAGCGCUGUCUUCAGCUGCACGGCGUCCGGCGCCCCUGAACCGCACCUCAUCUGGCUGAAGAACGGAAAGCUGCUGACACCGAGCGGCAACGUCAAGCUCACCAACGGAAACACGACUCUCGCCAUCACCCGUAUCACCGCCGAGGACGAGGCCAUCUAUCAGUGCAUCGCAGAGAACAGCGCCGGCACCAACCAGGCCAGCGCCCGCCUCGCCAUCAGCCAGGGGCCCGAGCUGCCGGAGGCCCCCGCCGGCCUCCAGGCCUUGGCCCUCAGCUCCAGCAGCCUGCAGCUGACCUGGGAACAGCCAGCAGAGCACGUCACCCAGCGGAUUAUAGGCUACGUCCUGCACAUCAGACGACUCGGGGAGCCGGACAGCGCAGAGCUGCAGGAGGCCGUCAGUAAGACGACCUUCAGGCACGAGUUCAACAACCUGGAAGCCGCCACCACCUACUCCAUCUACCUGAAGGCUUAUUCUGCUCUGGGAGGCAGCCAGCAGUCCAACACCAUCACCGCCACCACACAGGGGGGCGUUCCCAGUUCUCCCAGUUUCUUCACCAAGGUCCUGAACCAGACGGCCAUGCAGGUGUACUGGGAGCUGCCCAAUAAGCCGGGGAAGCUGGAGGGCUUCAGACUGGAGUACCGCGGGGUUUCCAACCCAGACAUUCAAGGGCAGGAGACCUUUCCAGGACACAUCAACACCCACACCAUCUCCCACCUGGAGCCGGCAGCAGUUUAUGAGAUCCAGCUGGUGGCGUUUAACGGGAACGGAGACAGUCCGUCCAACCGGCGCCUCGUCUCUCUGGCAGAGGGGCGAAACACUGCAGCAGCUGGUCCGAGCUGUAACUGUGGUCAGUCUGAUGGCUCCAUGUCGACUCUGCUGGUCGGCGUUCACAGCGGCCUCGCCUGCAUCCUCUGCUGCCUGCUCUUCAUCCUGCUGGGAUACAGACGCAGCCUCUUCUGCAGGAAGGCAGCGAGCUGGGAGACUCCGCCCACCCUGAAUGGUGUCAGAGGUCCUAAAGGUCACACACCUGAAAGCAUCGAGCUGAGCCAGAGAUGUGACUCCGCCCCUCCUCCAGUGAUGGUCAUGGUUGAACCGACUCCACCCGUCCAGUCCGGCACAGGCACCGGAUAAAACACCACCCAUACCACCUCCUCCUCCUCCUCCUCCUCCUCCUCCUCCUCCUCCUCCAGCCGCCUCCUCUCCUCCUGACAGCCUUACAGCCACUUCAGCCUUUAUGAAUGACUGAGAUGAGAGUUUAUCUGAGAUUAUUGAGAUGAGAGAUGAUGAGUCUGAGGAACAUCCAGAGAGCAUCUGAUACCACACGGGAUCAAAAAACUUCCCAACACCAUGAAAUACUUCACAGAUGUCCACGAGCUUUGACUACAAUUCAUGAUGAUUUCGUCUUCAGACUGAAACCAAAGCUGAAUUCUUCUUCUUCUUCUUCUUCUUCUUCUGAUUCGAUCUUUAAAACAAACAUUUUCCUGAGACUGGAAGCCGCUGAUCACGUGACUCCGGCUGGUUCCCGUGUGGUAUCAGAUGCUGACGUCGUGGCGUCCCGGAUGCUUCCUGUUGAAACCAAAACCUUUUUGCUUCAGUUUGUGUCAUUUUGAGUUUGUCACCGUCGGUGCCGAGUUUCCUGAGACGAUGAGGCCUCUCACCAGUCUGACCAGAGACCGGGUCCUCAGAGGAUCCACUGUGGGUUUAGUUUAACCACCUGAGCAGGUGUCGUUUGUUGAUCCUCUGAGGCCCAGAGCCAAAGGGAUUUAUUAUUUCUCUGGUCAGAAGGUGACUGUAGAGGAUGUUAGCGCUCCUCUGCGCUGUUUUAGCCUUUUAGUGUUUGUUUGUCUCACCAAGUUCGCCUCAGGUCAGGAUGUAGAGGAAGCCGGCAGCUGGUUGUUCUCCCCCCUCCCUCCUUUCCUCCCUCCCUCCUCUGACUCCUCCACCAAACUCUUUACCUCCAAAGAGAGCUACCUCGGGCUCAACGCCAAACGCCUGAACUACAGGCAACUGCUAGCCUCCUGCUGCUGGUCAAGCUAACCUACCUCAAAACCAAAAGGCUCCUCUGGAGCCACUUUGCCAUUUUUCUACAUUUUUGUACCAAUGCCGAUGUCCUGUGCCUGACAGUCACCCAGAAACCCUUCGAACUCCGAAUGUUCGUGUUCGUCUGAUGGAUUGGUCCAUCGUUGUCCUCCUCAAAGAGAAGCUGAUGGAAGGAAAUCACAGAAGAUCUCAGCUAUCUUUGAGUUUGUGCUUGUUUGACUCAGGACUGAUAUUUCCUGUCUGACUCCAACAACUUCCUCCAAUUCUGCUUCCAGGACCAAAAAACCUGUUCUAUGAUCUUAACUCCCACGUUAGUAAAGACCUGCAAAACGGAUCUCAUCUUCUGAGUUCCAUAAACCUGUUUUAGAUCUUAGUUUCUAAAGACUCAAUAGCCUAGACAUGGAUCAUACUUUCUGACGUACAAAACCCUCCUCCAGAUCUGAGCUUUAAAGGUCGUAGUGUCUUGAGUCCAACGACCUGCUGAAUCUGAGUAACCUGCCAUCGAUUUGAGUUUCUUGAGUCCAAAAACCGAGUCCUGAGCUUUAACAUCUUAUCCUCUACAGCAUAACAACGUGCACGUCUUACCUUUUAAGGUCCAAAACAUUGCUCCAGGACUCAUAUUUAAUGGUCUAAGGACUGUAGGUUUCUAAAUUUUCAGCUUCCACAGCAGAGAAAUCUGCCCCAAAGUCUGACCUGCCAUAGAGAUCAGCCUCUAGAGCUUAAUGAGUCCUAAACCUGAUCCAGAUCCUCCACCAAAGUCUUUGUCUCUACAGUCAAUAAUCUGUUGAACAGUUAGGGUCCUGAAGCUCUUGGAGCUGGAGAUGUUGGAGAAUGAAACUGAGCUGCAGAGGAGACGUUUGAUAGUUUGAAGCCGACGAUCUCUGUAAUCAAAGGAAGCGUCUGUCCUGGUUGUCAUUGAGACGCCGUUUCCUCUGCAGAACUCUCACCUCCACCUGAGAAGAAAUGUUUCAGCAUCAGUCAAAUAGUCGACACCUGAGAGACAAACAGGUGAACCAGGAGAGUUUGGACACUCUGGACGUCCCAGUGAGCGGCGUCUCGGCCCUUUUCUGUCCUGAAUUUUAAUGUAAGUUUUGAUGUUUAAUUUUUGCGGAGGCGGCCACUUCCUGUCACCUGCGUGCAGGUGUGUGCAGCCUCGUCAGCCAUGUUUAAACUGACCUCUAAUGUCUUUUAAUGUCUGAAAGUAAUUUCUAAACUGUCCUGUAGAUGAACAGCAGCUUUCUGUAGAUUUUCAGCCAAACUUCCAAAUAUUCUUUAAAAACAAGCUGAACGACGUCCAAAGAUAAAAAUAGUUUUUCACCAUUUUCUGUAAAAAUGUUUGUUUUCACUUCCUGUUUCCAGAGUCGAAGAACAAACGAAACCAAAAGAAAUACUCACUUUCACAUUUUAUAUUUCAGAUGAAGACACUAAAAAGGACAAGUGAAUAUAUAUUUUCAUAUACUGUAACAGGAUGAGUUUAAAGAGCCAAAUAACUGAAUGAUAGAAACACUCUGACCAAAAGCUCAAUAAUACUUCUGAAAUAUUACCUCAGUUCUUUGUAUUUAGAGUCUGUGUUCAGUUUGUGGUUGAAUGUCUUUACAGCUUCUGUCUCUGCUACUGACAGUGACUCUGAGACCCCGAGACCCUGAGGACAUUUACAGUACUUUAAAAUACUUCAUGAACUGAAGUAGUAAGUGCAACUUCAAUUGUUUGGUUUGAGUUUUUCAGACGUUUUGUCCCACCGAACUGAACAGAGCUCAGUUGUCCCGCUGGACGUCUCGAGACAAAAAGCUUGAAAUGGAAAUCUGACGUUCAGUCUGACAAACCUUUAUUUACAUUAAGUUUGACUUUAUCCAUCCAAACCUGAUCUUUAACUUGGAUCUCAUUAGCAGAACCGAGUUCUGCUCGUUAGGUUCGUUUUGGGUUUGUCACUUCAGUUAGUCUCACAGUCACGUCGACGAGACGCAUCAAAUCCAGUCGUGCUGUCAUGCGGAGUUACAUCAUCGGGUCUCGAGUCAUGACGAGUCACACACCUUAAGUCGCAUCACGUCAAACUCACGCUGGGUCUCGAAUUGCACCCAUUCAGUCUAGUCAUGAUGAGUCAUGUCCAGUCUCAUGGACCCCCCUCGCUGUCCUCGGGGUCAAAGGUCACAGGUCAGCGUCAGGUCGGACCUCCUCUCUGCUCUGAAACGAGUCGAGUGUUUUUAAAAAUAUAUAACUAGAACAAAAUGUUUGUAAGUAUAAUGUUGGCUGUUCUUUUGCUAGAACUUUCUUCUUUCAGUUCAUUCUUAUUUUUUCCGUCGCUGCCGUUCGGUGGUGAAGAGGAAAUUCAGCCAAAAUGAAAACCUGUGAAGAAGACCAUUUAAAAUGUUUAUUAUUAUUGCUAAUAAUAUUAUGAUUAUUAGCUUUUUACCCCCCUGUUUUUAUAUUGUUUGACUUUAUUAUUUUUGUUGGUAGUUGAAUGAUGUGAAAAUGUUUCUAGAUUUUGAGAAAUGUCAUGUUUUCAGCUGAAGGUAGAGACACUGAUUAAACUGCUCAGGUUUCAUUUUUUACAGUCAGCCGUACAUGUGAUCUCUAAGCCACAUUCUACACAGACCUUCAGUGUUAUUUUAUAUGAAAACCUAAUUAUUUUAACUUGUUGUUAGUUUAAUUUCAGAAUGCCUCCGCCUGUCAACACGCUGUAGAAACUAAAACUAAGACGUAGAGAUCAUAGUGACUGAAGGCUAGAACCAAUGAGAAAAGUGAUGCUUUAAUGUUUCCGAUGUCUUUUCUCUCAAAACAUUUUAUUUUCAUUAAUGUGUCAUAAAAAUGUUUAAAAACACGUCCCAAAGCUUUAAACUGCUUUUUAAACAGAACAGAAGAGACGACGCAGAAACAUGAAGAGUUUAAAACCAGAGUGACACCUGGAUUCUAUUCACACUGAAUAGUUAAAUUUAGACAGUUUUUGUAUUAGGUUUGGUUGUUACCAUCCUUAAAGUGCCGAGUUUCACGCUGUCAAGUUUGAUGUUUUUCAGAACUCUUCUUUGUAUUUUAACGUGUUUCUGAGAAUAUUUCUGUCUGUUCUCCUUUCUGAUGUUUAGACACAUGAAAACCAAAUAAAACUGAAUAGAAGUAGAAAA